AGUUCGAGGUCAAUUUGACGCAUGCGCAUUUUUGUUCUCUAGCAGAGUCGCCAGGCCUGAAGUUACAUCAGAUUUUGCACGUGAAGCCGAAUUCGAUUUGUAUAUUUCAUUAAAAAUGUUGUCUGUUGCAAGAGUUCUUGGACGAAAAUCUUUUGAUUGUGCUUGUUAUUCAUCAGAUCUUGCAAGCCGCCAAUAUUUCAGUACAUUGUUGAAAAAGACUGCCAUCCCUGCAGUGACAUCACAGAAUGGACUCCAAGUCAGACAUAAAACCGAAACAGUCAAAGGCGCAGUCAUUGGAAUCGAUUUGGGCACAACAAACUCAUGUGUUGCAGUCAUGGACGCCAAAUCGCCCAAAGUCAUAGAAAACGCCGAAGGUUCUAGAACGACACCGUCUGUGGUCGCAUUCACUAAAGAUGGUGAACGACUGGUGGGAAUGCCAGCCAAACGUCAAGCAGUUACCAACUCAGCCAACACAUUUUAUGCCACUAAACGACUCAUUGGCAGGCGAUACGAAGAUGCCGAAAUCAAAAAGGAAAUGAAAACACUGUCGUACAAGAUCGUGAAGGCGUCGAACGGUGACGCGUGGGUGCAGGGCAGUGAUGGCAAGAUGUACUCGCCCAGUCAGAUCGGCGCCUUUGUGCUCAUGAAGAUGAAGGAGACGGCCGACUCCUAUCUCGGUUCGCAGGCCAAGAACGCUGUUGUUACUGUGCCCGCCUACUUCAACGACUCGCAAAGACAGGCUACCAAAGACGCCGGACAAAUUGCCGGAUUGAAUGUUUUGCGUGUUAUCAACGAGCCGACAGCUGCUGCUCUGGCUUACGGCAUGGACAAGACCGAUGACAAAGUGAUUGCCGUGUACGAUCUUGGUGGUGGAACCUUCGAUAUAUCGAUUUUGGAAAUCCAGAAGGGAGUAUUCGAAGUGAAGUCGACCAACGGUGACACCUUCCUUGGUGGAGAGGACUUUGAUAACACCUUGGUCAACUUCCUCGCUCAGGAAUUCAAGAGAGACCAAGGAGUUGACAUCACCAAAGACCCAAUGGCGAUGCAGCGUUUGAAGGAAGCCGCCGAGAAGGCGAAAAUCGAGCUGUCAUCCUCACUGCAGACAGACAUCAACCUCCCCUACAUCACCAUGGAUGCAUCCGGACCCAAGCACAUGAAUCUCAAGUUGACAAGGUCGAAGUUCGAGGGUCUGGUUGAAGACUUGAUCAAGAGGACGAUUUCACCUUGCCAGAAGGCGCUCUCCGAUGCCGAGGUGUCCAAGUCUGACAUUGGAGAAGUUCUGUUGGUCGGAGGAAUGACUAGAAUGCCCAAGGUGCAAGCAACAGUUCAGGAGAUCUUCGGCCGCCAGCCGAGCAAGGCAGUGAACCCAGACGAGGCUGUGGCAGUUGGUGCAGCCGUACAGGGCGGAGUGUUGGCCGGUGACGUCACUGAUGUCCUCCUGCUAGACGUCACUCCCCUGUCACUCGGCAUUGAGACCCUGGGUGGUGUCUUCACAAGGCUCAUUUCACGUAACACCACCAUUCCCACCAAGAAGAGUCAGGUGUUCUCGACAGCGGCCGACGGUCAGACGCAGGUGGAGAUCAAGGUGCACCAGGGCGAGAGAGAGAUGGCCAGUGACAACAAGAUGCUCGGCCAGUUCUCGCUGAUUGGCAUUCCGCCAGCGCCACGCGGUGUGCCCCAGAUUGAGGUCACCUUCGACAUUGACGCCAACGGUAUCGUGCACGUCAGCGCCCGCGACAAGGGCACUGGCAAGGAGCAACAGAUUGUGAUCCAGUCUUCGGGCGGCCUGAGCAAGGACGAGAUCGAGAACAUGGUGAAGAACGCGGAGGCGUUCGCCGAACAGGACAAACUGCGCAAGGAUCGCAUCGAGGCGCUGAACCAGGCGGAGGGCAUCGUGCACGACACGGAGACCAAGAUGGACGAGUACAAGGAGCAGCUGCCGCAGGACGAGUGCGUCAAAUUGAGGGAGCAGCUCGACCAGGUGAAGGCACUUCUCGCCGACAAGGAGGGCGCCGACCCCGAACAGGUCAGGAAGACAGUUGGCCAGUUGCAGCAGGCGUCACUCAAGUUGUUCGAGAUGGCUUACAAGAAGAUGGCUGCCGAACGUGAAACAAGUAGCGGAAGCAGUAGCAGCGACCAGCAGCCGGAAGGCGAAGAAAAAACAAAAGAAGAGAAGAAGCAGUAGAGUGCCGAGUGCCGAGUGACUGACUCAAGUGUAAAUGAACAAACAGUAUGUCCUUUGUGUUCGAAAAAGCACCACACUUUUGUCUUGCUUUUCCGUUUUCAUUCAUUCGAUGAGUGCACACACUUACUACACUUUGACGAAUAGUGUAACUGUUUUCCUCGUAUUCAUUGUUAAAUUGCAAAUUGUUGAAACGUUUUGAGUGCAAACUUGCUACACCUCGAGGAAAAGUGUAACUGUUUUCCUGGUAAUCAUUGUUGAAAUUGAAACGUUUUUGUUUUAUUUUAUCAUCAUCAAAUUCAAAUAUUAUUUGUUAAUUGCUUUAAAAAGAAAUUCAGCCAUAAAUAAUUACUUCAGAAUAAGACUGCUGCUUGUCUUUUGUGUGAAUGGUGGACGUAAAAAAGUGAGGUGUCGAAUAUUAUUAUUAUUUCUAGCUGUAAUUAGACGCAUGUAGUUAGUAAAAUGAGAGAAUGUUGUUGAUUUGUAUAGUUUUAUUAUUAAAAAUAAUGUAAACAAUUUAAGUGGUAUUACACAAA